AUGACUGUGGCCAGUGAGACACGACUGAAAGUACAGAGAGCUGGCUGGGUCACGCUGGAUGUGGGCCAAGCUGUCCGGAGCCUCCUUGGCCAAGGGAGCCAGAGGCUUACUGUGGAGCUGGACGUGGUGGAGAACAGGGGGUCUCCCCUCCUGGCUGGGCACAGUGAUUCCCACUGGCCAUUUGUAGCAGCCCAGGCCCGAGCCAGGACAUCCCACCGGGUCCAGCGGCGUGGCAUUGAUUGCAGUGGGGACUCUAGGAUGUGCUGCCGCAAGGAAUUCUUCAUAGACUUCAAAGAGAUCGGCUGGGAGGACUGGAUCAUCCAGCCCAAAGGAUAUCACAUGAACUACUGUUCGGGACUCUGCCCCCUGCACAUGGCUGGCAUCCCUGGCCUCGCCGCCUCCUUCCACACGGCUGUCCUCAACCUCAUCAAAGCCAACAAUGCAGAUGCAGCAGUGGACUCCUGCUGUGUGCCCACGCAGCGUCGCCCCCUCUCUCUGCUCUACUAUGACCGGGACAGCAACAUUGUCAAGACUGACAUCCCUGACAUGAUUGUCGAUGCCUGUGGUUGUACCUGA